AUGAAGAGCAGUUAUUACAGGUUAAUCUUUGUUAGUUUAAUAUCGUUGUUGGUGCUUACUAAAUCAGCAAAUGGAUUCAUCCAUCCAUUGUCGAUCAAAAAUCGACAUUUCAUUGAUUCUGUGACAAAUGAGCCAUUUUUUAUUAAAGGUGUUGAUUAUCAACCAGGAGGAUCAUCAGGAGUUAAUACAGAGAAGGAUCCAUUAUCAGAUGCAGAUGUUUGUGCUCGAGAUAUAAUACUAUUUCAAGAGUUGGGAAUUAAUACAAUUCGAGUAUAUUCAGUGAAUCCAAAUUUGAAUCAUGAUAAAUGUAUGACAUUAUUGGCAGUUGCAGGAAUUUAUUUAGUGUUGGAUAUCAAUUCGCCACUAGAGAACCAGCAUCUACACCGAUAUCAGCCUUGGACAACAUAUAAUUCAGAGUAUUUGAAACAUGUAUUUAAAGUGGUUGAAGUGUUUUCGUCGUAUAAUAACACAUUGGGGUAUUUUGCGGGAAAUGAAAUUAUUAAUGAUAAGACAUCCGCAGAAGCAUCACCUAUAUAUGUGAAAGGGUUAAUCCGAGAUAUUAAACAAUAUAUUUUAAAAAACUCACCAAGAGUUAUACCAGUUGGAUAUUCAGCAGCCGAUGAUUUGAACUUUCGAAUAUCGUUGGCCAAGUAUUUGGAAUGCUCAAUUGAUGGAAACAAUGAAUUAUCAAUAGAUUUUUAUGGGGUAAAUUCGUAUCAAUGGUGUGGUAAGCAAACGUUUUAUACCAGUGGAUAUAACAUAUUGGUGGAUGAUUAUAAAGAGUUUACUAAACCCUUAUUCUUAUCAGAAUAUGGAUGCAAUGAAGUCAAGCCUAGAAUGUUUGAAGAAACAGACGCAAUAUAUUCCAAAGAUAUGAAUAAAGUGUUUUGUGGAGGAUUGGUGUAUGAAUUCACACAGGGGCCUAAUAAUUACGGGUUAGUUGAUGUUGAUGAUGAUGGAAAUGUUCAUAUUUUAGAAGAUUUCAAUCAUUUGAAAGAUCAGUUUAGUAAGAAAAAAUUCAAUCUAAAUCUUAACCUUAAUAAUAACAAUAAUAAUAAUAAUCUUAUUAAUAGUAAUCAGAAAAUACCAGAGUGUGAAUUAAAUUAUGACAAUUUAAAAGUUGAUUCAGCUAUUCCAGAAUGCGUCGGACAAAAUGAGUUGGAUAGUUUGAGCAAAAACAAAGGAAAUUUUGUUCCCUUAACCGAGGAAGACUUGAUAACAUCGUAUACAAUCUAUGAUGUUAAUGGAAAUACGUAUCCAAGAAAGAAGUAUGUGCAUGUUAUGAGCUACGCAAAGACAGGGAACAAGCAGACAAAUUCGAACAGGAUGGAUGGUGACUUGGAAAAAAGCAGCAUUGGGGUCAAUGCUGGAAGCUACAUUAGCAGUGGCAAUGAGGUUAUUGGAAUCACCAACAACGAAGAUACUGAAGAGAAACCAAAGAAAAGAGGCCCAUUUGCGUUUUUGUUCAGAAACGAAGGUGAGUAA